GCUGCUGCACUCAAGGUCUGGCUAGACCUUUGCAGCAUGUGCUUAUGAUUAUGACACGGAGAAACGUCUCCAUUGACCCUCGGAGGUUGAUCUGUGGAUAUAUUUGCUGCAGCUCAACACAUGUAGACGCAAUGUUCCGCGCGCGAGGCCCAAUUUUCAGGGGUCACAGCUACAACCGCAAUCGUCAUCGCGAUGGCAAUCACAGCUGAUUUAGUCCGCAAUCGAGAAGGUAUUGAAUUAGAUCUGACCUUUCAGCUUGCUUCCAAUAGUAUGGAAGCCUUGAAAGCGUGUAUUACUGC